AUGAAAACAUACGGCAGACCGACAUGGCGCGUCUAUGACGACGAGCGAGCCACCAAGAAACGACGCGUCCACCACGAGUCCGACGAGGCGGAGGCCAACCUGCAGUAUGCCAUCCGCGAAUCUUCCGCCGCCGUCUUGUCCAGUCCCUCGCGCCGGAAUUCCGUCCUGUCCGAGGCCACCGACCACAUCGACGACCUCGACGACCUGACCACCCCCCAUGCCACGCCGCUGUCCGAGGUCAACUCCAACAGCGUGCGCUCGGUGACCGACCCGCCCAAGGCCCCCAAGGCCCCCGUGAUGCGCCAGAUGCAGAUCGACCUGGGGAAUGAAGUGCGCAAGACCUGUGCGACGUGCGGCAUGGAGUACAUUCCGUCCAAUCCGGAGGACGCGGCGCUGCAUAAGAAAUUCCAUGAAAUGAACGCGACGGGCGUCGAUCUGGGCAAGGCGUUUGUCAAGGCCAACGCGUCGCGCUGGGUCUACGAGGCGACGCGCUUUGAUGAGGGCUACGUGGUGAUUGUGGAUCGCAAGGCGACCCCAUCGGCCAAGAAUCAGGCGAAGAAGGUGCUCGAGGUGGUCAACAAGGAGUUGUCCUCGCCCGAGAUCGAGGACGAGGUGCUCUGGAGUCAGAUCGAACCACCGCCGCAUCUACAGGAGAAGGAAGGGACCGAGAAGGUGGAUCGAUAUCGCGUCUUUUUGCACAUGAAGGACAGCCGCUGCGUCGGGGUGUGUCUGACAGAACGCAUCUGGGAAUCGCGCCCGGUCGCGUCGGAGUCCGGGUCAGACGACACGAAUUCGUCGGUCACCGUGGGCGCAGAGACACAUCCGGCCAUUGUCGGGGUAUCGCGCAUCUGGACAUCUGGAGCGUCGCGGCGGAAAGGCAUUGCGCUGGAUCUGCUGGACUGCGUGGUGAGCAAUUUUAUCUAUGGGAUGGAGAUCUCCAAGGGCGAGCUGGCGUUCAGUCAGCCCACGGCCAGUGGCAAGCGGCUGGCGCACAAGUUCUUUGAAGCGGAACCGACGUGGCAUGUGUAUAACGAGUGA